AGUAGGUGUAGUACAAACUCACAGUUGGUAAGUGUUCCGCAAUGCUGCGUGUUCUUAUGCUAUAAAAGCUCUUAAUUCUCUUCUAUUAAAGUGGAUAAGAAUAUAAGUGCAAAAUGACGAUGGAAAUACUUCCGGAAUUGUUUGUGUGCCUCAUGUUCUACUCUUGUGGAGCAUGGAUGGCUCUCAAUGUUUUAGUGGAUCAGAGUAUUUAUGAUACGGAGAUGCUUCUUCCGGAAUUUGUGGGAAUUAUUUGUGCCUGCUUCAUUGGGGUACUCCUCUUGGGAUCCCGUGCACAUCGAAAGAAAAUUGUCUUUGUCCACUUUUACAUCUUAGCCUGUGGAACAGCCUUGCUGAUGAUCUGUGGUGUACUAUGUAUCAUCGACCAACCACGUCCAAUACCAGCUAUCUAUUUGGGAGCUGUGGGUCAUGGUAUUGUCUACAUUGCGGGCUUAAGUUACAUCCACUUCCGUGCAGCAGGGAGAAGAUCAUUCAGACUUGCUCUCUGUCAUGUUGUGUACAUUGUGGGCUAUGCUACAACAGUUCAUGGACACUUCAUUUACGGACCACUCGGUUGGAUGUACACAGGUGGAAGCUUUGUUCUCUACAGCGCAAGUUCGGGGCUUCUCUUCUUCCUCAUCAAUGAACUCCUGCAUGGACUUGGUGUGUAUGACUACAAAAAAUGUCUCGAUAGUGAAUUACAUUUGGCCAAUGAGAAGAAAGAUAACUUCAGAGAUGCCCUCAUACCUGAAACGGAUCGUCGUAGUACGGAUACUAAUUACUGGGCCACAAGACUAAAUGUUCCGCCAAUUGUCUUUACACCGACAAAGAAGAUGCGCCUACAACAGCAAAAUAUUCUAACAUUGGGGCUGAUCUUCAGCAAGAUCACAAAUGCCCUUGUUUUCUUGGAAAUUUUCAUUGGAUUUGCCUUCCUAACAUCAUCCUUCAUUGGAAGCAACAUUGGAUUCAUCCACCUGUAUUUCCUUCUUGGAGGUAUCAUCUUUGGCUGCGUGAUUUCCUUAACAGUUAACGCCAAACAUCUUCACAUUGUCUACACAAUGGCUCUCACAAUUUGCCUCUUAACGGCCUCAGUGCUCUACUCUGUGCAGCACUACGAUGAGUCUGGUGUCUUCUUCUGGCUUUUCUAUUUCUUCCUCGGUUUCGGCUACUUCCUGCCAGACAUUGGAAUUCUCGAUAUUACAAAUCUUCAGUAUACCGAAGGUGCUCUUGCUAGUGGCUACUUCAUCCAAUAUGCCAUCGUUGCACUCACAAGAUUCGGCCAUUGGAAGUAUCCUGAAAAUAUUCCACAAUCUGAAAGUCUUCUAUGGCAGUACACGGGCUCAUUUGUUGGAAUAUGUCUUCUCUUGCUCAUCGUCAUUGCAAUCUUGUAUCCAAAAACACUCAAUUUCUCCCUGUUGGACAUUCAGUGGGCAAUCCUGUACAAAGAAGAUAGAUGGAAGGCGAAGAAUCAUGAAAUUCUUGCAGCUGGAAGUACAUCAGUUGGCCCGAGUUUACCACGUCAGGUAUCAAGAGCAGACAGCAGUGAACCAGUACAGCAUUCACAACCACCACAGCAGCCAGAUGAACGUCCAGCAUUCAUGAGAGCUCAAUCAGCUCAGAGUACUCUGCGUUCCAUGCCACCGAGACAACCUGAUGAUAUGCCAAUGUUCCAUAAUCCGUGGUACCCUCAGAAGCCGCCCAGCAUAAAUGAUCCCAACCCCAAUGGUGUGGACAAUCUGGCCUACGACUACGGAAGCAUGAAGACUCGUCAGAUUGUUCCACGCAUUAACAAGAUUAAUUAAAAUAAAAUUAAUUUGAGUAAAUUUUGAAAUUAAUUUUUUUUCUUUUCCUUCAAACAUUUAUAUAAACAAAUACAUAAGCUCUCCCGUAUUGAUAUCAUUUUAAUUCUUUAAGCAUAAAACAUAUCUGCAUGGUUA